CAUAUAUAUAGCAAGUAGUUUAGUGAGUAACAACAUCGAAACUUAAAUUCCAGUCGAAUUUAGUGAGCAAGCACCGUUGGUUGGUUAAACUUUUAACACGUUUACUAUUGAGACAAUUGUUACACAAUCAUUUGCACACCAUGGACAUGGGCAAGGACCCCGACAUGGGGCCCACAACGGACGACGAAAAGACUCUGAUAAGCGCACCGGCCACUGCGUCGACCAUCGACGAGCUGAGCAGUGACGACGAUCUGUUUGAGUUUAUACACGAAUCUCCCAUUGGCGACCGCCAGCUGCAGUCGACAGGUGGCGCCAGUGUGAGCGUCAGCACCAGCGUUAGCGUCAGCGUCAUUAGUAGCGUCAGCGAACAGACGCUGACCAUGAGCGACAGCGAGGAGCCCACAGCAAGCUCCUCGUUCAGUUUGCCCUCGGGCGCCAUCUCCAGCAACGAUUGCUUCAAUAGCUUGGUCUCCGUGCUGCAGCGCUCGGAAUUCGCCAAGCUGCUGAUGCGCCUGGGCGAGGAGGGCGACGGCGAUGCCAAGCACAUUGUCAUGGAGCUGUUGAAUGCCAAAAAGGAGGCGGAGCGCUCCACCUCCGCCAUCGAGCGUGUCUCCGAGAAUCUGAUGCUGGUGCUGCGCACCCAAACGCUCGCCGAGGCGGGCAUCAUCACAGGCAACGAGCGCUAUCGCUCCUUCAAGUGUGUGCUGCAGAACUAUGCCAAGUUGUAUGCAGCGAAGCGCUUCAUCGAGAAGCUGCCCAUGAUUGGCAUGCGGCCCGAGUCGGAGUCCGAAUCGGAGCCUGCGGACACCCAGGAGACGGCGCUGGUGCGCAUGGUGGCUGACGAGGUGCUGCAGAUACCGGAGCUGCUGCGCCAGCUCUGGGCAUCGCUGGAGAAGAUGGAGUUCUUCAACGAGGACACCGCCUACAAGGUCUACUUGGAGGCGCGUCGCCAUCCGCAGGCCAAGAUAUUGCGUGAAUUGAUGCUGACGCGCAUCUCGCGUGUUUAUCUUUGCAUUGUUAGCUCUGCAUCCUUUCUGGACUUUAGCGAGCAGGAGCUGGUGCAUGUGCUCAACAAUUGCUAUCUGAGCGUCAACUCGGAAAUUGAGAUAUUCCUUUCGGUUGUGCUUUGGCUGGAGCACAACUGGCAUGAGCGCAAGGACUGCGCCGAGCGCGUCAUGACCGGCGUGCGCUUCGGCCUCAUGCCCACCUGGUAUUUGUAUACGCUGGACCGCACGAAUCGCUGCAAUCACUUCGACAACGUCAUCUACACCAAGGGGGUGCAGGAGCUGCUGCAAAAGGGUCUCGAAAGCGCCGUCGCUCUGCGUGGUCAGAACCAUCAUAAUCCGCAUUAUCAGCAUGCGACGAGUCCUUUGCCACGAGACUGGGUAGCCGAUCCGGAGUGUCGUCAUCAUCACAAGUGUCACUGCGAGCGUUUCGUCUAUCCCACCUACGAUGUGUUCAAGGACUAUCUGGCCAGGAUCAUACGCUGUGCGCCCAACUAUUGGCGCACUCUGCGCCCAGCCCAGGAGGUCUAUCGCAAGGUGCUCAAGUGCUGCGCCGCGCCCUCCUAUCAGGCAUACAGGCAGACCUAAGUCCACGGAUCAAGUUACCUACAUCCAUGCAGAAGAUAUUCACAAAUUUAUUGUUGUUUUUCAUCGGUUUUGGUACUCACCGUUUUGGCCUUCCUUUGCAAAUCGUUCUCAUGUGCGCGCCGUCAAUGAUUGGAAUAUGUCAAGCAUGUGUUCUUGUUGUCCUAGUCCAAUUUGUUAUUGUUGCAACGCAUGCCAAUCCAUUGACUUGUAGGUAUUCAAAAUAAAGAACAAUACAAACCGAAGCGACAGUCGAGAGGUGCC